AUGCAAAGUAUUAACAGCAUAUCCAACACAGAGCAGCUGCUUCAUUUCUUCGAUUCACUCAUAGCUGACGGAUAUAUCAUUACCAUCCUCGGCAUCAAACAUGUGUUGAAGUUAUCUUCAGAGUUGUGUCAAAAAUUCAUCCUGUACUACUUCAAUCAAAGGAAGGACCAAUUGCGCCCAACGUAUUUGGUUCAAGGAUUUAAUAAUAGCAAGACCAAGUACACCUGUUCCAUUUUUCACCAACAAGAUGCUAUGAAAAUGUUAAGAGACGGUAACUACAGCGUAAAUAUUUACAGCGUCCAGUCGAAUAAGACCAUGGCAAAUUUGUCCGCACUAUGGAAGCAGGAACUACAAGAGAUCCGCAGGACAUAUCAGAAGGACGUACGCGGACAGCCCAUCAUCCCGCAAUUUUCCACCAUGCUGCUCAGGGAUGUGAAGACAAAAAUAAACGCAUAUUCCGCCAACUCAUGUUAUCAAUUUCCUCACAUUAUGUACAUGGCUGAGGAAAACGUUGCUGCGACGGAAGCUGAAAAAAAUAUCAACCGCCUGCCUAGUAUAGGCCACGCCAGUACUUAUGAAAAGAAAAAUGCAAAUAGAGGCAAGAUUUGUACCAAAUUGAGAGGUGGAUUUUAUGAAUGUAUAGAUACAUAUUUUAGAAAGAAGACACCUCAAGAAGAAAAAGUUAAUCCUUUUCAACCCAAAGGGGGCAACGCAUCUAAGGCUCUAGCUACACAGGGCAUGGGGGAAAUGAUGGACUCAAAUUACGUGCAUAAUGUGGCUCGUCACAAUUAUGGGACCAAAAUGGACAGCAAUAAUUUUAGAAAAAACGUUACUGGCAUGAAUUAUGGACAGAAUGUUCAUCGUCUGAACUUUCAGCCCAGCCUGAAUCAGAGCAACUUCGAAAAUGAAGUGAAUCAUUACAACCUCAUAAAUAAGGUGAACCACAGCAACUUCGAAAAUGACGUGAAACAUUACAACCUCAUAAAUAAGGUGAACCACAGCAACUUCGAAAAUAAAGUGAACCACAACAACUUUGAAAAUAAGGUGAAUCACAGCAACUUCGAAAAUAAUGUGAACCACAGUAACUUCGAAAAUCAGGUGAAUCACUACAACCUCAGAAGUAAGGUGAAUCACACCAACUUGGACAACAACGAGAAUGACACCAACUUUGAAAACAACAACUGGAAGUCCUUCAUGUCGCGUAUGAUUCAAAGUACGAAUGCAAGAAUCGCUGAGAACAAUAUGAGGGACAAAAAAAAUUAUGGCAGGAAGCGAAAACCGAACAGCCAUGCUUUUGUUACCAACUUCAGACAGGAUUAUCCUGUGGGAAAUAUAAUAUACAGAAAUCAGAACAAAUUCAACAUGGGCCACAUACCAAAGGCUGGCACGGUGGUGGUCACUAUGAACAACGCGCGCAAGGAACAUGAAGCUCUGGUCAUGCCAAGCAGAGCGAGUACGGGGAGAAGAGAAAACGACGUGCUCAGAGAAAUCUUUGAAUAUGACGAGAGGCAAAUUAAACUGGAAGGGUCAAAUAGUAACCUCAACUCAGGGAUGCUGGAUUAUAAUAGCUCACUCUGGGAAGAUGAAUCAACGGAGAAGGAUUUUGCCAGCAAAAUCGUGUGCACCGAGCAAGAAGCGCAAGAGGUGAUAAAGGCAGUUAAUUGGCAGGAAGAUGGUGUAGACAUGUUUUUUGAAAAUGGCUACUUCGUUGUGGUUGAUAAAAGCAUCUCUAAGAGGAAUGAAGCCCUAGAAUGGUAUGAAGGGGAGAACAAGGAAAACGCCAAUGAAAACUACCCCUUCGAAAAUAAGAAUAAGAAGGAGUCUCAACAGACAUUAUUGACGUAA